AUGCAACUCGUUCCUAAGACGGUCAAAUCUGUCGACCUCAUCGAGGAGCUCAUGAUGGAGAGAGCCGCCUUGAAUGCCAGUCUCGACGAAACCAACAAAAAGAUUGCUGCGGCUCAGGAAGCCUUUGAGAAUGAGAAGCAGCAGCACAUUAACAUGGAGGCCGACAACAAGAAGCACAUCAUCCAGGCCUUGAAUCGUGAGCCGAUUGAGCUCAUGGCAAACGAGCACCACGUUCACCGCCCUGCCGCUUCUGGCUGCACCGGCAGCGCUAUGACGACUGAAUAUACCAACAAUAUCGAGGGCACUAACAACGUCAGCCCUACUAAGGACACUGUUGACGAUUGCUGCUGGGGACAUAUGCAUAGAGCGUCCAAGGACGCCUUGUCUGGCUCGAAGGGCAUCAAGUCUGAGCGUUCAAUUCUGUCCGACAUCUCUUCCCUUGGGGACACCUCUGUCAAUCGUAACUCCCCCUUGUUCCACCGUUCCGUCAGCCCGUCAAAGGAGACGCCUGUCUUUGAUCAGGUGCUCCCCAGCGACAACACCGCUGCUUUCAUGGCUCACAUCAUGCAUGAACUCAAGAACGAGCUCAAGAAGGAGCUUCAGGCAAGAGUCGACGGAGAAUUCAAGCGCUCAAUCGAAGAGCGUCUCAUCCAGGAGCUCGCUCAGGAGCUCACCGGCGACAUCAAGGGCCGCCUCUACUAUGAGCUCAGAGAGGAGCUGAAGCGUAUCCUCAAGCGCGACAUCACGUUCAAGGUCAAGCAGGACGUCAAGCGCGAGAUGAGACUUGAGAUGGUUAGCCAGCUAAAGUACGAUAUCAUGGAGGACGUGAAGGGCGGUGUCAUUGCCGAGCUUAAGGAGAUCCAGAACGAAGUCAACAAUGAGCUGAAGAAUGAGAUCAAAGAAGAGGUCUUCAACAGAAUCAAGGUCGCUCUCACGCAAGAUGCCCUUGACCAGCUCAAAGACACCAUGAAGGGAGAGAUCAAGAACGAUGUCUUCAAAAUUGUGCACGACGCCCAGCGAGCCAUCGGCACCACUAUUGCGGCCAAGACUGAGGAGCACAUGCUCCCUGCCAUCCGAGGUGCUCUUUCCAAGCAGAUGGAUGAUGCCAUCAAGAAGAAGACCGGCGAUGACUCUCAGUGGAUGCUUUCUCAGAUCGAGGCGUUGGUCCCCGUUACCGUUGCUGCCGAGGUUACCAAGGUCAAGGACGCUAUGAAGACCGAUCUGCACAAGGAUGUGAAGGCCGAGAUCGAGGAGGACUUUGGAGAGAACAUGGAGGGUCUGGCCCGUGAUGUUAUUCAGGAGGAGCUUGAGGCCUUUGAGACGCGUACCCAGCCGAACACAACUUAUGUGUACCAUAUGUGA